AUGGUUGGGCCUUUGUCAAAAGCGCCCGGGGGCUUCACCCACUUGCUCGUCGCUGUAGACAAGUUCACAAAGUGGAUCGAGGCAAAGCCCAACACGUCGCUCAAAUUAGAGCAGGCAGUCUCGUUCUUUCAGGACAUCGUCCAUCGGUUCGGGGUGCCCAAUUUGAUCAUCAUGGAUAAUGGCACGAACUUCACGGGAGGACCCUUCCUCGAAUUCUGUGACGACCAUAACACCCGCGUCGAUUGGGCAGCAGUUGCGCACCCCUGCACCAAUGGUCAGGUCGAGCGUGCCAAUGGCAUGGUUCUCCAAGGCCUGAAGCCAAGGAUCUACAACCGCCUCAAGAAGUUUGUGGGACGAUGGGUCGCGGAGCUCCCGAGUGUCCUUUGGAGCCUCAGAACAACACCGAGUCGGGCCACUGGUUUCACGCCGUUCUUCAUGGUUUAUGGCUCGGAGGCCAUCUUACCCACUGACAUGGAGUACGGAUCACCGAGGGUGAAAGCCUAUGAUCCUCGGGAGUCAGAUGCCGCCAUGGAAGAUGCACUGGAUCAGCAGGCGCUGCAUCGCUACCAUCAGAGACACGUCAGGGGACGUGCCUUCAACAUUGGGGAUUUGGUGCUACGGCGGGUUCAGAGCAUGAAGGGCCGACACAAGCUGUCUCCGCCAUGGGAGGGGCCCUACAUCGUGGCGGAGGUGCUCAGGCCCGGCACAUACAAGUUGCAGACCGCCGAUGGUGAAGUGUUCACCAACGCAUGGAAUAUUGAACAGUUAUGUCAUUUUUUAUCCUUAGUUUUCAUCUGUUGUACAAACUUGUCAUGUUCAUGUGAAAUAAAGCUGUUCUGA